GACGCUUUGCGCAUUUAUCAAUAUUACUUUAUCUUUUGUUACUGAUACUAUAUAUGACAGUUCAUACAUAUGCGCUACGUAUGGACCGCUUUUAGCAACAGUGCGCAACGCGUAAUUCCUUCCCACCACUUUGACUUUUUUCAUCCAUCCUUAACAUCCAUGUAACGUUAAAAGUACGAUAGUAUAUGUAUCGUAAAUUAAUGUUUAUUAACGAAUAAUUGUCAUAUCGUUUAUCGUCUAUUUAAUAAUAGAUAAUGUUCAUCGGUAAGACAUAUAUAUAUAUACGGGAUAUAUAACCCGUACGAGUAUUUAUUUCGAUAUUUUUCAUAAUUAUUUAUAUGGUUAAAUGAUCGGUUUAGUUGGUUAGUUCUAAUAUGUAACGAAAUCGUACAAGGUUCGAUAUGAUUGAGAUUGUAACUCAUAUGUCGUAAUAUAUGUUAGAUUUGAACUUUGAUAUACUUGUAAAUUCGUUGACCGGAUUAUUAAUCGAAUAGCAAUGGUACCAAUCGCAAAAAUAAUAUCGUGACUGCCAAUUGAUAAAUAAAAACAUCCCUAUUAAGCAUAAACAUGGCCUCGCGGUAUAAUCACGGUGUUCAGCGAGUUUUAGCAAAAUUAGAAGCAUCUAUUAAUUCAGAAAAUUAUUAUGAAGCUCAUCAAAUGUACAGAACUUUAUAUUUCAGAUAUCUCGGACAGAAAAAAUAUGCAGAAUUAUUGGAAUUAUUGUACAAUGGAUCUUUACUUUUGCUACAGCACGAACAGCAUGCUAGUGGAGCCGACUUAGGAAUUUUACUGAUAAACGUUUUAAUGCAAUCAGAGUCACAACCAUCAUCGGAAUAUUUUGAAAAAAUAACACAUUUGUUUAGUUUAAUGAGUCCCUUUUCUCCUGAAAGAGAAUCGUUUGUACAGUUGGCUCUUCGAUGGAGUACGAAAGGAACAAAUCAUAAAACUGGAGACCCUGAAUUACAUCAAAGAAUAGCACAAGUAUUUUGGAGAGAGAAAAAUUAUUUAAUGGCUAGACAACAUUUCAUAUAUAGUAAAGAUGGUUCUGGAUGUGCCGCAAUGUUAGUAGAAUUACAUGAACAACGUGGAUAUUCAAAUGAGAUAGACCUUUUUAUAGCCCAAGCAGUUUUGCAAUACCUUUGUUUACAAAAUAAGAAAACUGCGCAAGAAGUAUUUAAUUCUUAUACUUCUCGACAUCCAAAAAUAAAUAGCGGUCCACCGUAUCUUCUUCCUUUAUUGAACUUUCUAUUCUUUUUAUUAAAAACAAUUGAUAGCGGUAAAUUAGGAGUUUUCACAGUUCUUUGCGAUCAAUAUCAGAUAUCCUUGAACAGAGAUCCCUGUUAUCGCCAGUAUUUAGAUAAAAUAGGCCAGUUGUUCUUCAAUGUUCCACCACCACGUCCUCGUAAUACUGGAUUAUUUGGGUCACUUUUGCAAUCAUUUUUUAAUGGUUUAGAAGAAGAGGAUUCCGACGAUGAACAGCGAAAUAUAGCAUCGACGUCGCACGCGACACAAGAACUUGACUGAUUAAAGGUUAGACAACACUGGGCAGUGUGAUACAAGUAGUAAAUACUGAAUCUUUUUUAUGCCUUCGUCCCAGAUAUUUUCAGCUCCUGUAUCUCUCCAUCAUAUACCUGCAAUCUUAAAAUUUUAAAAGAAGUGGUGCAGUAUAGAUUUCAGGAAACAGAUGCAGAAGCCUUAGGUAUGAAAGUAUGUGGGGGAAGAAUGUCGAAAGGAUUUUAAAAAAUAUUGUGGCAUGUAUAUACUGAAUUCAAAAUAGCCCAAAAAAUAAUCUGUUUUAUGUACUAAUAUUCCAGUUUUAAAGCAGUUUUAAAUGGACAAUGAAUAAAUACACGUCAUUAUGAAAUAUUAAUACCUAGUUACAAAUCAUUUUGCACUAGCUGUAAUGAAUUCAGCAGAUACAGGCUAAUCACCGACUAAAACACGGUGAUGAAUAUGUCAUUAACAAUAAUGUCCUAUUUAUCAUACAUAUAAUCACUAAAGCAUGUAUUUGCGCGUAAUUGUUAGAUCAAAGAUUUAUUUUAUAUAAGCUACAUCGCAAGACAAAUAAACCUGACGUAAUCGUAACAUUGUAACUUCCGAUAUAAGAUUCUUAAUCACUCGUAUAAAUAUUGAGUGUAAAUUGUAAUUUGUAGUAGCAAGCAAUACUUAUUUAUUUUAAUCUGCCAUUACACAAAAAUGGAACUUUUACAAUUAACACUAAUCUCUAAUAUUGCGUAAGUUAAAAAAAAAAGAAAAGAAAAGAAAUAAAGUGGUCGUGAACAAUGAAAUGAUAAUAUUAAAAAUAAUUAUAAUAUUGGUGUAAAGAAAAUUAAACAAAAACAAAUAAUGCUUAAUUGAAAUCUUAGAUUUGUAAUAAAUACAUUCGUAUAUAUUAUUCUAUAAAUAUGUGUAUAUAUAUAUAGAAUAUUCGGUUAUUGCAAAAAUAAUGAAUUUAUUUCUUGUAAUUUGUGGGUGUAAUCAUUGAAAUAUACAUUUAUGUUUCUUUUAUUUCAUGAAGAAAUAUGUUGUAUCUUUGUCAAAAAUAGAAAAAAAAAAUUUGUUAAUAUAAUUGUAAGUAUAUUUUAUAUAAAAAAUAUUUUUGCAAUAUUUAGAGUAUUGAUUGAUAAUUAUUAAAAAAAACAAAAAUUAUGUUUUGGGGAAACAAAAACAAAAUUAUGUUUAAAUUUUAAAUAUUCUUCAUUAUUUAUGAUUUCAUUAAAAAAAUGCUAAUGUUACAUCCAGAAAUAUACAAUAAAUUCAGGUAUCUAAUAUUAGAAAACAUAAUUAUCAUAUAACUGGCAGAAAGAAAUAAUGUACAAAUAUAUACAAUUAUGUUUAAGAUCCGCUAAAAUUAACUCGAAUCAUUUAAUCAUUAUUUUAAGAUAUUACAAUUAAAACAUUAAAUAUUAAUAACAGCAAAGUUUUAUAAAGCGAAGACACAAAUUAAUGGGCAUAAAUGACUUUGACCAGUUCCUGUAUUCCUACUUUAUUUUCGAACUAAUUAUAAUUUGUCUAAUAUGAUUGUUAAUAUCUGUAAAGAAGUCAUUCAUAUCAUGCUCUACAAAACAAAGAUAAACUGCAGAUGUUAGGUGUAUAAAUUGAGUGUGAAAUUUAUUAUAAAUGUAUCAGUUAUAGGCUUCAUACCAUAAAUAAAAUAAUUAAUGGAUAAAUAACAAAUUAAACCAUUUUAGCACGGUAACGAAUUUAUAUAUAGAUAUAAAUAAAUACAUAUAAUAUAAAGAUAAAUUUAGAUAAUUAUUGACAUGUACAAUUUAUGGUAGGAAUUAUCAGAGAACUACAGAAAAGAAAACUACAACUUAAUAUUUCGAAGAUACUUUGUUAUUUUUAUUUUUUUUUUUUUUUCUUACAAAUUCAUGUAAUAAUAACAAUAUAAUCUUGAGUGUAAAAACCCUCGGAUAUUGUGUGCAAAAAAUAUUACAUUAUAAAUUAUCACAUAUGUGUUAUAUAGUAAAAAAUCAGUGAAUAUACUGAACUGCAAUAUGUAAUGCAAUCUAUGAUCCAGAACAUUAGAAAUAAAUGCUAACUUUUAA